AUGUCUUCGAGGGAGUCAACGCCUCUCUCAUGUAAUGGUGUUGACGAUCUACAUGAAGAUACAGUUACUGACAAGACCUUAAAAGGCUUACUGAAAAGAGAAAUUGAAUUACAACUACAGAUAGAUGCGAUACAGACUGAAAUCGAACAAUUAGAGGAACGACUAGGCACAAAAACAACGCUUGACGAUGUCGAGGAGCAAGAUCUUGAAGAGUUUGAAGCGCCUGAGUGGUGUGUACCCAUCAAGGCCAACGUUAUGACAUUUGAUUGGGAUUCGCUAGCGAAAGAAGUUCAGUUUGAUGUUAUUGUCACCGAUCCACCAUGGCAAUUAGCCACUCAUGCGCCAACUCGAGGUGUUGCAAUCGCUUAUCAACAACUGCCUGAUGUUUGUAUUGAAUCCAUUCCUAUACCCAAAUUACAAAAAAAUGGCUUCUUAUUCAUUUGGGUGAUCAACAAUAAGUACGCCAAAGCAUUUGAGCUUAUGGAGAGAUGGGGAUACACAUAUGUGGAUGAUAUCACUUGGGUGAAACAGACAGUCAAUCGACGUAUGGCGAAAGGCCAUGGUUAUUACUUACAGCAUGCAAAAGAAACAUGCCUAGUGGGUAAAAAAGGCGAUGAUCCCCCUAACUGUCGACAUUCAGUUGGAUCUGAUGUCAUAUUCUCAGAAAGAAGAGGACAAAGUCAAAAGCCAGAAGAAUUAUAUGAGCUGAUUGAAGAACUAGUACCUAAUGGAAAGUAUUUGGAAAUUUUUGGUCGAAAAAACAAUCUGCGUGAUUACUGGGUUACCAUUGGUAAUGAGCUAUAA